UGAUAUGCUUUAAUGGUUAGUAUUAGUUAGUAGAGAAGAUUCUCUCUCUGCAACACUAACAUAAUAUAGAGUACAAAAUUAUACAUAUUGCACGUAUGUACUGCGUAAAAUUGUCUAUUUAUUUAAUCAGAUUCUUACCAGAUCAUCCAGCAUCGAGGAAGAGCCUUUCCCCUUCGGGUCAAAGUCAUUUUCCCUGAGCUUUUGUCCAAUAUAAUGACCACUCAUAAAAUAAGAAAGUUUUUACGACAGUUGGGCUUAGUUCCUAGCUGGCAGUUUGGAGAUGUAUAUGGUUUGGACCCAGAGCUUCUUACGUUGGUGCCAAGGCCUGUGUGUGCUGUCCUGCUCCUCUUCCCUGUCACCGAAAAGUAUGAGUCAUUUAGACUGGAGGAGGAAGCAAAGAUUAAGGCACAGGGACAGGAAGUGCCAUCAGAGGUGUACUUCAUGAAACAAACUAUAGGAAAUGCAUGUGGCACAAUAGGGCUGAUUCAUGCAGUAGCAAAUAACCAAACACAUCUUGAGUUUGAGGCUGACUCACCACUGAAGGUGUUUAUUAUGCAGUCCUCUAAGAUGAGCCCGGAGGAGAAAGCAGCCUUCUUAGAAAAAGAUGAGAGUAUCCGUGUAACACAUGAGUCAAGUGCUCAGGACGGACAGACAGAGGCUCCAAGUGUCGAUGAAAAGGUGGAUUUACAUUUUAUUGCCUUUGUGAAUGUUGGAGGACAUCUAUAUGAGUUGGAUGGCCGGAAACCUUUUCCAAUAGUCCAUGGGAAAACCACCGAGGACAGCUUCCUUGAAGAUGCUGCAGAGGUCUGUAAGAAAUUCAUGGCACGUGAUCCCCAAGAGCUCCGCUUCACUGUUGUGGCCCUCUCCAAAGCAUAAAACACUCACCUCAUUUCUGUUUACUCAAGAAAAAAACUGCCAGCUAUUCACAAGUGCUUAAUGUUAGAAUGUUUGCAUUCUUACAUGGCAGAUUACAUCUUUAAUAAAAUGGUCAUUUGCUAAUAUUUUGCUGCAAAUUUCUUUGACCUGAUGUCUCAUUAAGAAUGAAACACAAAUAGAAAUUGAAUGUGUCCAUGCACGCAUUUAUAGACUUUUUUUAAAAAAAUGUUUAAUUACUGCCUGAAUUGUAACUAUGCCUUUUCUGCUCUGUGCAACAUAUUGACACCUUAAUUUAAAUUAAACCCGAAUGAAUUAGUGAUUUCUAUAAACACCUCAAAAGAACAAAUUAUAAGUGUAAAAUGUGCUCCAGAUAGAUUCUCUUUUUUUCUGAUGCCCAAAAUUACAUUAAAGGUUAAGCUCUUUUGUAAAUGUUGACUUGUAAUGAUUUGUCAGAUCCACAUUUUCCCGAUGUUGGUGUUUGCUUUUGUUCAACAUUUGAAAAGCAUUGCCUGGACUUUUUUUUGUUUGUUUGUUUGUUUGUUUUUUUUACAAUCUUCAGCUGUCCAGUUUCUGUGAGCCAGUGCCUAUUAUAGCUAACAGGAUUGGAACUGGAUGUGAUCUUGUACUGUUGUAGCCCAUCUGGCUCAAGGUUCAAUGUGUUGUGCAUUAUGAGACGUUUCUGUGCACCAUGGAUGUGAAGAGUGGCAAUUUGAAUUACUGUAACCUUCCUGUUUAGUUCAAACCUGCUUGGCCAUUCUCCUCUGACCCCUCUCUCUUUCUCAUUAACAAUGCAUUUCCACCCACAAAACUGGAAAAAAAGAAUUGUUUCCUUUUUUUGCACCAUACUGUGUAAACUAUAGACUGUUUUGCAUGAAAAUCCCUGGAGAUUAGUUAUUGAAAUAGUCAAAUCAGCCAGUCUGGCACCAACAACCACACCACUGAAAACAUAUUUUUCUCCAUUCUGAUUUUUGGUGUGAACAUUAACGGAAGCUUUUGAUGAUUUUAUGCAUUGUGCUGUUGCCACAUGAUUGGCUGAUAAUUGCAUACAUGAGCAGGGCUACAGGUGUUGCUCUGUGUGUGUGUGUGUGUGUGUGUGUGUGUGUUGGCUUUGAAAUAUAGUAACACAUCUUCUUCUAUCUGAUGUAGAUUGGUAAAUUGCAAAACAUGGGCAAUACUGCAUACCCACUGUUUUAUAACAGCCAAUACAUCAUGUGUUUGGUAGAUAUGCCAUUUUAUUUACUUUAAUACCAUCAAAUUUUAUACAAACGUUUGACUAUAAAUGUGCUGAUGUGAUGUGAUUUUUCUUUCAUUCCACUAGAGGGCGUGCUGGUAAUAUGAAAUUCAGUGCAUAGUAAACCUGCUAACAUUU